GGAGGAGGAGGAAGAAGAGGAGGAGGUGGAGCCGCCGGAGCCGCCGCACCGGAGCGGACCGAUUGCUCUUCGCGGGGCUGGGGCGCACCGGCGGGGGGAGGCGGCGGCGGCUCUGCUGCUGCUGCUGCUUUAACCCCCCCGACCUCCAGCGCUCCCCGAUCCUCUCCCAGCCCCAUCCGGCUGCCGAGGGGACUCCGCCAGCGCUCCCCAGUCCCGGAGCCCGCUUAGUUCCGCCAUGCUCUCCGGGGCCCCUCCGCCGCCCGCAGGUUUCCCCAACCCGCCGCCUCCGCAGCCUCCGCCGCCGCCUCCGCCGCCUGCCGCUCCCCCCCACGGGCCGCCGCUGCUGCCGUUCCCGGUGAAGGGAGGCCUGCAGAUCCGGAAGAAUGCCAUCACGGACGACUACAAGGUCACCACGCAAGUGUUGGGGCUGGGAAUCAACGGCAAAGUUUUGGAGAUCUUCAGUAAGAAGAGCGGCGAGAAGUUCGCUCUCAAGAUGCUGCAGGACUGCCCCAAGGCACGGCGGGAGGUGGAGCUGCACUGGAGGGCGUCGCAGUGUGCGCACAUCGUCCGCAUCAUGGACGUCUACGAGAACCUCUACCAGGGCAGGAAGUGUCUGCUCAUCGUCAUGGAGUGCUUGGAUGGUGGGGAGCUCUUCAGCCGCAUUCAGGACAGGGGAGACCAGGCCUUCACAGAACGAGAGGCUUCAGAGAUCAUGAAGAGCAUUGGGGAAGCCAUCCAGUACCUGCACUCGAUCAACAUCGCGCACCGGGACGUGAAGCCAGAAAACCUCCUGUACACCUCCAAAAGGCCAAAUGCUGUGCUCAAACUCACCGACUUUGGCUUCGCUAAAGAGACCACCACACACAACUCCUUGGCUACUCCGUGCUACACCCCCUACUACGUGGCCCCAGAGGUGCUGGGCCCAGAGAAGUACGACAAGUCCUGUGACAUGUGGUCCCUUGGUGUCAUCAUGUACAUCCUGCUGUGUGGGUACCCCCCUUUCUACUCCAACCACGGCCUGGCCAUCUCCCCUGGCAUGAAGAAGCGGAUCCGGAUGGGCCAGUAUGAGUUUCCCAAUCCUGAGUGGUCAGAAGUGUCAGAGGAAGUGAAGCAGCUGAUCCGAAACCUGCUGAAGACUGACCCCACCCAGCGCAUGACCAUAACGGAGUUCAUGAACCACCCCUGGAUCAUGCAAUCCAUGCAGGUGCCCCAGACCCCACUGCACACCAGCCGUGUGCUGAAGGAGGAGAAGGAUCUGUGGGAGGAUGUGAAGGAGGAGAUGACAAGCGCCUUGGCCACCAUGAGAGUGGACUACGAACAGAUCAAGAUCAAGAAAAUCGAAGAUUCCUCCAACCCUUUGCUGAUGAAGAGGAGGAAGAAAGCAAACCCCCCCGAGCCUGCUGCUCUGCCUCACUGAGGACAGCCCUGGAGGAGAAAGAGAGAGAAGGAGGAGGAGGAGGAGGAGGAGGAAGAAGACAAAAGCAAUAACUCUAUAGAGAUAAAUAUAUUUUUUAAGGAAAAACAAAAACCCAGAGGACAAAAACCCAAGCCAAAAAGAGAGACUCUUGCAGCCAGGGCUUGGAAUUCAGACAUUUCUACCAGCCUAGUCGAGGGCUUUUGAAGCUCCUCAGCUGUGUGUUUAUUUCCCACCUUUCUGGAGCAGAAGAAACCCCCCCCCCUCAGUAGGGUGGGGUUGGUGUUUUAUAGGUGAAUGCCACCAAAAAACAAAGGGAUUGUUA